AUGAGUGGAAGAGGAAAAACCGGAGGCAAGGCAAGAGCAAAGGCCAAGACUCGGUCAUCCAGGGCUGGACUCCAGUUCCCCGUCGGCCGUGUGCACAGGCUGCUGCGUAAAGGCAACUAUGCCCAACGUGUCGGUGCUGGUGCACCGGUCUACUUGGCUGCUGUGCUCGAGUAUCUGACCGCUGAAAUUCUUGAGUUGGCCGGUAACGCUGCCCGUGACAACAAGAAGACCCGUAUCAUUCCUCGCCAUCUGCAGCUGGCUGUGCGUAACGACGAGGAGCUGAACAAGCUGCUCGGUGGUGUGACCAUCGCUCAGGGUGGUGUGCUGCCCAACAUCCAGGCUGUGCUGCUCCCCAAGAAGACCGAAAAGUCCAAGUAAAUCUGUUCUCUCCAAGUCUGAAACAAAGGCUCUUUUAAGAGCCACCCAAAUGCUUAUCAAAGGGCACUUCCAAGUUUCCUUUAACAUGAUUUUUAUUUAAAACAUAUUUCUCGGCAUGCGUGUAUUGAGAAGUAGGCUAAUUUAUCAAAUACAAUCCCUCAUACAUCGGAUCUAUAACUCCCCAUCCGUCCCGUCUUUAACCAGCCACUAAGCAACGGUUUUACUUCAGCUGAAUUGUUUCCAAGAGAAAAUGAACUGGGAUUAAUCACUCAAGAUCAGGAUAAAAAUCCCUUUUUUGACAUUGCGGACGGUGAACCGAAAUGUGUUUAGUCUCGUGGUGUAACAAAGAAUGCAGACAUUGGGACUUGGGAUUGUUGACUAAUUUUGUUUGAUCAAC